AUGGUGUCCUGGAGUGAGGAUGAUGACAGCAGUGAGAAUUAUUACCAGUACGCCACCUCAGGUUCAGACGAUGGCAUCGUGAAGAUCCCUGCUACCACGGAUGACUCCGAAUUCGAGGGCACUGAAUUUGUUUUGUGCCAUGAACACGGGAAGCGAGCAGAGAGACUUGUUGCUUUCGAGGGCAUCCAUACUGGCAGGAGGUUCCUUGCCUGUGCUGUGAAGGAUGGUAAAAACUAUGGACUAGUUGAAUGGAUUGAUCCAUCUUGGCCAGCUACAAUGGAGAAUGCACUGUCCAAGUUGUGGGAUAUGUAUGAAGAGUCCAAGAGAAACAGGACUGAGGACAAUCUGAUGAACUCAUUUGUUGUUCACAAACUGACACAAGAGAAGAUCAAGCUGCAAGCCAGUUAUGAGAGGUUGGUUGAAGAUGUCCAAGCCCUUUUGGAUGAGAAUGAGAGGAGGGCCCAGAUGAAAAGUAAGCCUGACAAGAGCAAGCUCCAGGAGAAGUAUGACAUGUUGUAA